AUGUCUACAUCGCGAAUGAGAUUUGGUCGCCCAUGGCGAAACAGUAGGAGACAAUCAAGGGAGGAAACUUGCGUCGAGCGGAUAAGAAGCAAUGCAAAUUUUGAAAGUGUUCAGUUGGCGUCCACUACCCCGGCAGUUGUGGAAGAUUGGCUAAUUCCACUGAGAGAUGAUAUUCCAUGCGCUGCAGCAACUUACACUUGCCACACUUUAAUGGAUUUUGUACCUCUGACGGUGAUAACAAUGGUGUACUUUAUCUUCCUACUUCCUGCGCUUGGAUUGGUGGAUGCGGCUCCCACGCCUUGGAGUAACGCUUGUGGCGCUUAUGUCCUUGCCGAUGAACAAGUUUCAUAUGAAACGGUGCAUGGUGCUGACAGAAAUAGGGUACUUUGCGAGCUUCGCGGCAAUCUAACAAAACAAGUCAAUACCCUACGCAGCUAUAUGGGUCCAAAGAACUUUUCAAAAGUUUAUUCGAAACACAACAAGUCAUAUGCAUUUCUCAAUGUAACGAGAGCGAAAAAUAUCACUUUACGAACUUGGCACAAACAGCUGCAAGUCUAUGUUGCUGCUGCUGAUCAGCUUUAUGAACGCGCAUACAACUACAAGAAUUUACGUGAAAACACAUUUGUUAGCUCACCUGAGCAGUCCAACAAGGCGGACAAGGAUCUCCAGCGUUUGCGACACCUAAUCAUCACAACACGCAGUAUUCUCUGCGAAUUCGAGUUGGCUGCGAAUUUGUUGUCGAAGCAACAAAUGAGCAGCGAUGCAUUGGCAAUUGAUGCUAAUAAAAUGCAACAGCAAAUAAUGCAGCUCAGAUCGUAUAAGCGCACUGCGCGAGAUGGUGUCGAUCCUAUUGAUAUUAAUAUGCUAUUUCAUAGGCUGCGUAGAGCUCUGCUAAAUAUGCGAAAAUCACUGAAAAGGCGAUGUG